CAGCCCUCGCACCCCUCGCACCACCGCAUACCCGCACAGCGCAGCGCAGCCUCCUCGCCGCACGCGUGUCCCUGCGACGCGCGCAUUCCCUGCCGCAUGGACCGUCCCGCACACCCGCGCAGCGACGGCGGCAGCAGCACGCCCGGCAUGGCGCCGCCGCUGCCCUACUACAACGCCCCGCUCGGCGCCGGCCUGGGCGCCAGCGGCGCCGACAUGUACGGCGCCGCACACCUCGCCGCGCCGCCGCGCGCGCCGUACCAGCUGCCGCACCCGGCGCACCGCCCGCCGCCCGCCGCCGCCGCGCCCUUCGCCGCCUACCAGCCCAUCACGCCCGAGUCCGGCCUCGACUCGCCCGGCCCGUCGCACGGCGGCGAGCCCGGCUCGCGCCCCUCGUCGCCGCCGCCGGCCAAGCGCGCACGCAAGAAGACGCGCACCGGCGAGUCGGGCGCGUCGGACAGCGCUGACGCCGACGAGGCGCCGGCGACGGCGGAGAGCAAGGAAGCCAAGCAUGGGCCACGCGUCGGCAAGGCAUGCUUGCCGUGUAGCUCGAAGAAGCGGCGCUGCGACGGAGGCCGGCCCGAGUGCAAGGUGUGCCUCGUGCUGGGCACGCAGUGCUCCUACAACGCGUCGGGCCUGAAGCGCGGCCCGCCCAAGGGCUUCCGCUCGACGCCCAAGGAGUCGGCCAAGGCCAAGAUCAUGCGCACGCUCGAGACGACGAUCCGCGACCUGGCGACACAUCUGGGCCCCGAGGCGGCAGCCACCGAGCUGGCGCGCAUCAGCAACGAGCGUGGCGUCACCGUCAGCAUGCCCGAGAGCGGCGACGCCAAGGAGGGCCUGGCUGGCUCCUCGCGCCAGCGCUCGCUGGAGGGCGAUGAGGACCGUGAUGGUGACUUCCUCGGCAUCAACGAGAAGGGCGAGGUCAGCCAUCGCGGCUCCAGCUCAGGCAUCCAGCUGUUGCACCGCCAGCAGUCCAGCGUCCACUCGCCGCUCGGCCAGCAUGCCAGCACCGACGCCGGCACGUCGGGCGAGGAGAAGCGGACAGUCGUGACGCCGGCGGUGCUGCCACUGCCGCUGAUCCGCCCGGCGCAUCAGAGUGAUGAGGCGGGCGCAGGGGAGGGAGAGAAGUUCACCCUGUCGUCCGAGCUGCCGCUCUCCAACGGCGCCCAGGCACAUCGCGACCACAUCCUCAACACGCUCUCGCCGCAGGGCACGCCUCGCACGCGUGACCGGACGCUGGACGGACAUGCGCCGUCGCCGCUCAAGGCUUCGGCCGACCUCGACGACGAUGCCGAGGCCACAGCGCUGCGCUCUAGCCUCAUGGCCGUGCGUCGGCAAAGUCUCGCCAUUGCCGAGCCGAUACUCGAGACGCCGGCGGUGAGCGAGGCCGCCAACGCGCGUCUGUGGCGCUUCUACUGGUCAGGCUUCCACCCCUUCUGGCCGAUUCUCUUCAAGCCUGCGCUCGAUGAGAUUCCAGUCGCGGAGCUGCCCGACCGGCUUGACGGUGUGUUGCUGUACGCCGUGUACGCCAUCGCCGCGUGCGUCGGAGCGCCGCCCGCCUCAGGCUCGUCGACGCUCCAGACAGCCCUGGACCCGGCGCUGGCCGACGAGCUGGGCGAGAGCAUCGGCGAGAUCUUUGCGCGCCGCUCCGAGCAGCACCUCUAUGCUUCUCGUCUGCGCCCGUGCGUCUCGACGAUCCAGGCUGCCUUCCUGCUCGCGCUAUACCACCACGGCCAGGGCGACCUCUCGCGUGCCUGGACCUUCUCGAGCCUGUCGCAGUCCCUCUCGAUGGACCUCGGCUUCCACCGCUGGCCCAUCCACCGUCUCGACCUGCUCUCGCACUCGACGGAGCGUGAGACGCGCGUCCGCCUCAUCCACCACGUGCGCAUCCUCGGCACGCUUCUCUCGGCAGAGAUGGGCCGCCCGGUGCUCAUGCACGCCAAGGACUGCGACGUGCCGCUGCUCUCCGAGAAGGAGAAGGAUGAGUUCGAGCUUUGGGACGACCAGGUUGAGAUGCAGCCGGGCGGCGCGCCUCCGCCGUCGGCCAACGGCAAGCCGCGCUACCUGCACGCGCCCUCGACGCUCAACGAAGGCGUACGCCUCUUCAACAUCAUCGAGAGCAUCCUGAGCUCCGUGCACUCCUUCCGGCGCAAGGCCGCGCUGCGCAAGCAGGGCAAUGCCAAGACGGUGCUGGCCGACCUCGACCGGCAGCUCAGCAAGUGGAAGGAGGACCUGCCGACGCAUCUGCGCUUCGAGGGACCCGACAACUCCGGCGAGGGCGGCCCGCUGCCGUCAUUCUUUGCGCUCAAUGUCUGGUACUACAACGCUAUUCUCCUGCUGCACCGCCCCUUCAUCCCGCAGGACGAGGGCGCCAAGCUGUCUGAGGUGCUCUCAAACGACAGUCACCGCAAGUGCACCGCCGCAGCGAACAAGCUCUGCGAUCUGCUGGAGCCCACGUCCGUCGACGUCGACCGCCUCUCCGGCGACCUCGGCUACUGUCUCUUCUCUGCAAGCCUCCUGUUCCUCUUCAACGCCAGCCUCUCCGACAAGGACAUCUCCGAUGACGCUAAGCGGCGCUUCCUGCUGUGCCGCCAGUGGCUCAAGAAGCUCAGCGCACGCUGGCCGGCCGCGUCUGCGCACAAGCAGCUGCUGGACGGCGUCGCAAUGGUCGGCGAGGGCUUCAUGGGCGGCCGCGAGGACGCGAGCGGCGCACCCCACGCCAAGGAGGGCCGCGCCGGCACGCGCGCGCAGAAGAAGGGCAAGAAGGGCCAGCAGAAGCCGCGUGCAAACGAGCAAGCUGCCGAAGGCGACAAUGCUGCCCACGGCACGGCUCAGGACGUCUCUCCCUCGGCACACGGCAAGGCGGAUCGCCGUGGCUGGGAGCAGCCGUCGAGCGCCAUGAAGUCGUGGGAGCUGUCCAACGAGCGCGGCGGCACCACUGACGGCUCGUACGCGGCAUCUACGACGUCGGCCUCGACGGAGGCCUCGCCGGACACCCAGCAUGCGUUCCGGGCGCGUGCGCCGCCCCUGCUGAUGAACGAGGACGUCAACAUGAUGGCGCCGGAGCAGGUGCAGCAGCUGGCGAGCCAGCAGCAGGGUGCACGAGCGCUCAACAAUCAGCCGCGCCCGGGCUUUGGCGUGCCGCCGGCGAUGCAGAUGCAGCAGCAGCAGCCGCAGAUGCAGUAUCAGGCGCAGCAGCAGAUGCCGCAGCAGUCGGGCUUCGGCGGCUUCCCGACCUCGGCGGAGCAGCAGCGGCAGCUCGUUGAGUACCUGCAGAGCAGCUCUGCGUACGGCGGCGCCUCGGCGCCCGAGGGCUUCUACAGCCACGCGCCCAGUCUCUUCGAUGCCGAGUCCGUCUUCUGGAACGAGACUGCCGGCCGGCGCGACGAUGGCGGAGUGGCUGCUGCGCUCGGUAUGCAGCAACGCGGCUACCCGGUGUCGGAGCCGCCGACGGGCCUUGCCAUGCUUGCGCACGUCACGGCCGGCUCGUCAGGCCAGGCGCAGAGCCUGACGCCGCAGCAGCAACAGCAGGCGCAGCACCAGCAGCAGCUCUCCUCGGCGGCUGCACAGUACUUCCAGCAGCACUCGAGCUUCAGCGGUGGUGCUGCGGAGCAGCCGGCGCCGGCGCAACAGAAUCUGCGCGCCCCGCCGCACAACCCUGCCUCGGUGUCGCCGUUUGGCUUCCAGCUCGACCCCUCGCAGCCGACGUGGAGCGACGUCAUGUCGAUGCUGCAGCUGCCACCUGCCUUCAGUGGCGACGGCCGCGAGUCCGCUGCGGCGCCGCUACAGCAGCAGCCGCGCGGCGACGAGCGUCCCUCGAGCGUCCAGCCGUCCUCCUGAGUUCGCGCUCGAGGUGCGAGCUCUUGCCUCAACGUCCCACGUCCCUGGAUCUCGCCGCCUGUCGAUGCUCUGCACGCCGUCGCACCCGCCUCGGCGUCCCACGAUGCGUCUCGCCUCUUGCCGCUUGCCCCGCAUCCCGUGCGCGCCGCUCGCGUGACCUGCCCUGCCCGCACCGCCGUGUCCCGCUUGCCUCGCCUCUGUCCCGGCGCUGCGUGUGGCCAUGCCCGCGCGGUCGCCCCACCCCCUGUAACGUACCUCUGUCCCCAUGUUCUCGCUGCCCGCACCCUUCCCUAUGCUCUGCAUGCCUGCACCCUGCGAUACACCCGGUCUAAUGAAGCCAUGCACCCC